GGCAGUGCCUGUGCCACGUAUCAGAAAAUAUCAGAAGGAUCUCGGGGACUGUAGCCCAGAAUAAUGAAACUGGCUCGUGCCUAUGGGAAAGGUAAGAUUGCGGAUGGGAAAGGACUCAUUAUCGGCUUCCGUGGGACAGUACUAAGACAUCAAUCCGUGACGUCGGAUGAUGAGAUUUCUAGACUCUAUUGAGGACCAUGUUGCGGAACGCGCGCAAUGGCACAACAUACAAGAACGACACACUUGUCGGGCCUUUCAUUCGGCCUUCUCUGCAUCGCGAACACUGCUUUUGCGGACGUCUCACCCCUCCAGGCUGCCCUUGGUAGUGACGGUAUCGAGGCGUACUUCGUUGAUCAGCCGGAAUAUCAGAAUGCUUCACAGCCAUUCAACCUUCGUCUACCCUUCAAGCCCGCUGCGGUUGCGUACCCAAGUACUGUUGAGGAGGUCGCCAACGCAGUCAAGGCUGGUGCUCUGUUGAGCAUAGCUGUCACCGCCCGCUCGGGCGGCCACUCUUAUGCUGCCUACGGCCUUGGAGGCGCGGACGGACACCUGGUCGUCGACCUAUCCAGGCUCAAGGACAUUCAUGUCGACAAUUCCACUGGGAUUGCCAUUAUUGGGACCGGCAAUCGGCUUGGGGAUGUCGCGAUCAGUCUCUUUGAUCAGGCGGGGUGUGCGCUUCCGCAUGGGACGUGUCCCCUCGUCGGCAUAGGCGGGCAUGCGAGUUACGGAGGAUAUGGAUUUACAAGUCGUCAGUGGGGCCUUACAUUGGACACUGUUGUUGGCGCAACCGUCGUCCUCGCGAAUGGGUCGAUUGUUGAGGCUUCAGCUUCAAAACAACCUGACCUGUUUUGGGCCCUGCGCGGUGCGGCACCUUCUUUCGGUAUUGUAACGCAUUUUCACUUCCAGACCUUCACUGCUCCGACGCAGCCGACGUACUUCAAUUACUACUGGUCCCUACCGCUGGAUGAAGCCAUUGCGGCUAUAUCACUCUACCAGAGCUACUGCUUCUCUCCCGCAAUUCCAAGGGAGAUCGGGUUCGAGCUGAAUUUGUUGAAGGGCAAUAGCAAGGGCGAGAUUCUGGUGAAUUUUCAGGGAUCUUACUAUGGAAAUCCGGACGACUACAGCGCCAUCGUACAGCCAUUUCUCUCUGCUAUGCCGAAUCAAACCUCUGAGCCGCAGGUUAAUGUGACAUCCUGGCUUGAAAACCUAGUCCUCCUCGCUGGCACUCCGCUCGCUAGUAACACUCCGACACUUCUUGCCACUGACCACGAUACAUUCUACACGAAGAGUCUCACGACGCCGUCCGACACGCCCAUGUCGCAGGAGGCUAUAGCGGCUCUGGCGAGCUGGAUGUCCACCGAGGGGUGGUACACAAACACGAACUGGUUUGUCCAGCUAGAACUAUACGGUGGUAGCUCUUCCCAGAUCAGCAUGAUUUCCUCAAAUUCGACGGCAUACUUCAACCGCCAGAGUCUCUGGACCAUACAGUUAUACGCAUCCAGUUCCGGCUAUGUACCACCCUAUCCACGAGAGGGCUUUGCGUUCGUUGACGGUCUCGUGGCUUCCAUCACGGCCAACGAGCCGGACACGUAUCAUUAUGGGGCGUAUGCAAAUUACAUCGACCCGUGUCUACCUCCACACGAAUGGCAGACACUCUAUUUUGGGUCCAACUUCGAUCGCCUGCGAAAGAUUAAGACGGAGAUAGACCCCAACGGUGUGUUCACCUUCCCACAAUCUAUUCCACCGGUAUGAGUUUUGCACGCCCGGGAAGCCAGUUGGAUAACCAAAAUGGGCGAGGACUCGGAGCAUGAUGCGCACACGUUCAAUACACCGUCGACUUGCCAUGAAGCUUGAAGACGAGCCGUACUGAAUCAUAGUGUACAGCAAGUGUCG